UCGCCCCGCGCCCGCCGCGUGGAUCCGCAACCGUCGCGCGUCCGGCCCCCGGCUCACCCUCUUCCUCUGGCGCCGGCUUCGGCUGACCCGGCGCAGGAGCCGACAGGGCCGCGGGCUGAAGGUAAAAGCCCACGCCUUUAGAAAGAAACUUGAGGUUCUCUUGGAGACUAUUCAAGAGGAAGGUGGAAGGGGCCGCCUAAAAGAGAUUAAAAGCUGCAGACCGCAAGCCUGGGGCCAGAGGGCUGGCAGUGGAAAACCCUGCUGGGUUGUGACCUCUCCCUGAAAAGUUCUAGGUGCCUUUUUGCUUCCUGCAAAAAAAAGGAAGAGAAGGAGAAGACCAUGUCCAUAGCCUUGAAGCAGGUGUUCAACAAGGACAAGACCUUCAGGCCCAAGAGGAAAUUUGAACCUGGCACACAGAGAUUUGAGCUCCACAAACGGGCUCAGGCAUCCCUCAAUUCAGGCGUGGAUCUGAAGGCGGCUGUGCAGCUGCCCAGUGGGGAGGACCAGAACGACUGGGUGGCGGUGCACGUGGUGGACUUCUUCAAUCGGAUCAACCUCAUCUAUGGCACCAUCUGUGAGUUCUGCACCGAGCAGACCUGCCCUGUGAUGUCGGGGGGCCCCAAAUAUGAGUAUCGGUGGCAGGAUGACCUCAAGUACAAGAAACCAACUGCCCUCCCAGCUCCUCAGUACAUGAACCUUCUUAUGGAUUGGAUCGAGGUGCAGAUCAACAAUGAGGACAUAUUUCCAACCUGUGUGGGUGUUCCCUUCCCAAAGAACUUCCUUCAGAUCUGCAAGAAGAUCCUGUGCCGCCUUUUCCGCGUCUUCGUCCACGUCUACAUCCACCACUUUGACCGGGUCAUUGUGAUGGGUGCGGAGGCCCACGUCAACACCUGCUACAAGCACUUCUAUUACUUCGUCACAGAGAUGAACCUCAUCGACCGCAAGGAGCUAGAGCCUUUGAAAGAGAUGACGAGCAGGAUGUGUCACUGACGCCCCACCUUAUCUUUGGAAGACAGAGGAAAGCUCUUUGCUUCUGGAGUGCUGAGCAGGGAGACCUCCCUGGCUGAAAUGGCACGCCUACUUCCAGGAGCAGGAGAGGUGGAGACAACGGUGAUUCCUGAGAGACGUUCCCCACUCACCCCGUGUGCUCUUAACCCUCUGAGUGCUGCUAGCCACGACCUGUGGACCUGUCUGACCACAGCAUGCAAGAAGGACUGCCCCCUGGCCCCUUCUGGCUCUGAGUCGCCCCGAGGAAGCCUCUGCACUUCCAUGCAUGUCGCAGCUCUGCCUGUGACCUGCCACCUAAGCUUUACUGGAAUUCAGGUUUUGAGAUUGAGACACUUGUACUUUUCCACUUCUGUCUUGUCAACUGGCCGACUUUUCUGUCACGUGUUUUCUAAGUACCGGGUGAAUUUUGGAACUCUGGAUGAGCAGCGAGUUUUUCUAUAACAAGCCUUCCUUUCAGACCUCCCGCCCUGAUCUGAUUCUGUGGUUUAACUUCAUGCAGGGCCGUGUAGCCACAAGAGAUCUGAGACCCACCCCGCAGCCUCAACAUGUUUUCCCUGAGAGGCAGAUUUCUUUCAGGGACCACUCCAUGACCCCGAACAAACCUUAACUACAGGGAGGAGACCUGUCGCGAGCAGAAAGCUGACAAGUUACCAGUUAACUCCAAACAGAAUGUGCUUUUUUUUUUUUUACAACCACACCAUUUCUUGUCUCUUCUUUUCAAGAUAUUUUCUUCCUGUUUCCCAGAAGAGAGGAAGAAAAGGAAAUUGUAAAUGACCAAGAAUGAUCAGCUGAAGCCCUGAGCCAGAUAGAUUAGUGCAGCGUUUGUUCUUGACCAAAGGGGAGGGAGUUGUGGCUGUCUCCACAUAAUACUAAAAUUUCAGUGAAAAAAAAAAAAAACAGAAGUGCAAUUGGUUAUUGGUGCACAUAACUCAGCCAGCUGGCUCAUUGGCUCGUAGCCUUCCCAGCUGGCCCUCUGAGCUCCUUCGUCCAGCCCCUGUUUUGUUUCUCUUCCUUUACACGCCACCCCCCCCCCCGGUCGGAUUGUGUUGUGGCACAAAUUAAUUUCUGUCCCUAUGAUUGUGCCACCGUUGCCAAGGUAACAGUGGAACUGGAGCUAACUUCCUUCUUCCAUUCCUUCCCGGUUUUCCCAUUCCAGUCAACAAAAUAGCACAGUCUGUGCUACAUCCUGCCUUUUGAAACCCAAGUGAGUCUUAGUUGCAGAAACGUUGCCUUCUCUGCUUCAUCCACAGACCUGGUGGUGGUCCCGAGAGCCUGUAACGAAGGGGUGAUGAUACUCCCAGUGAUCCUUUGAAUUUGACAAAGUAGCAGUUGGUGGAGGGAAGUAGAUAAGAAUGUAUUAGUGUAUUUUAAUGUAACACCAAUUAAAGAAUAACUAAACAACCCUGAUCUCGUUUCAUUAUAUUUAAUGCGUUAAAGCCAUUCGUGGCUGCUACAAGAGCCUAGAGAACAUGAAAUCUUUCUUUGUCCAAAGAAAGGGCUGACUGUCUGGGCGCUGUGGCAUCCUGCCCUGACCCGGCAAAGCCACCUUUGCUUCCCAUCUUGUCCAAGUCGUCUCAUGGAAUCCAAAUGCUGCUACCUCUUUCCAUCGUGUUGUGCUCUGGUCACCAACAAACAUACCCUCUCCCCUUUUUUGGCUUCCUAAGUAACUCUGAGAGAACAAGAUAGGCAAAGAUUCUUCUCAGCAUCAUUUUGGGAUGAAAGAAUAUCUGACUGUCCUAAGGAUCCAGAGAACAAAGAAAUAAGACCCCCUCUUCCCAACCUAUGCAAUACGCAGUAAGUACUGCGUGGGGAUGUCAAGCAGAGGGACAGAGAGAUGAGAUCGUGGAGCCCAUGCCCUGGGAGGAACUCUGAAACUCUGCUGCCAUGGAAAAACCACAGGAUUUUUGCAUUAAAAAGUUGACCAUGUUCCUGCAUGUCAGUGAUGCCUAAUCAAGCAGGAUGCUGGACUCUGAAGACAUUUGUUAUUAAUUCUUUUUAAGGUUCUUUUCUGUUGACUGUUUGUGCAUAUUAAAUUCCCAUUCAAUUUAAAAGACCAAACAUUUUUUAAGCUUCUUGGCACAGUUUCCUCCUGGUUAUAUUUCUAAUUGCAUUCAUCAACUCUUCUAGGAUCAGUGCCGGCAAACUACUCUUAUUUUUUAAUUAGAGUAUUCCUAUUCCUGCAGAACUUUGUUUGGCAAAUUCUAAAGAAAAUUAUCACAGGUAAUUUUUAUCUCUUUGACCUGACGACAUCCUAAGUACCUCUCAUUGCAAAGAGGGGCGAUCUGAGCCCUUGGCAGUGGCUCAGGCACCUCCAACUCUCUGCAUCUGAGCCUCACCUCCUGCUUCCUCCUCCUUUAUUUCCCACUAUUUUUUUUUUUUUUUAGUUGGGUAAUACAUGUAUCCACUGUCUUUUUUAUUUCAAGACGUUUCAAAGUGGAAAUUUCAAAAAGAAAAGAUUACAAUGAACAUCCACGUCCCCUUCACUUACAUGCAUCAGUUGUUAACAUUUUUUUAAUUGUUGACUUUUCCCAUAAUUUUCUCUUUCUCUGUAAAUAUACAUUCUUAUUGCUGAACCAUUUCAAAAUACAUUGCAGACAUCAUAAAACCUUAAAAUACUUUCUCAAUUGCCCCCAAAAUGUUUAUAGCUUUUUGUUGUGGUUGUUUAUCCAGGAUCCAAUUAGGAAUCACACAUGGCAUUUGCUGUCAUUCUCUUUAGUUAAUGGGUUAGAGUUCUCCUGUUAGGUAUGUGUUUGGUGUGGUGGUGGUGGUGAUGGGGUGUGUGUGUGUGUGUGUGUGUGUGUGUGUGUGUGUGUGUGUGAUGACACUGAUGUUAUUAAGGAUUUCAGGCUGGUUUUCUGUAGAAUGUUCCACAAUAUGGAUUUUUUUUUUUCUGGUUGUUUCCUCUUUAUUAGACUCAGUUAAACAUAUUUUUUUAAGGAAAAAUACUACGUAAGUGAUGUUUCCUUCCUAUUGCAUUUAUCAGGAAGCAUAUAAUGUCUAGUCGUCUCUUUUCAUGAUAUGAAGCUUGACCAGUGGGUUCAGGUGUUGUCGGCCUGAUCCAUUCAUUAUAAAGGUAAAUAAUUCAUUAGGAAGCUCUGAAAUUCAGCAUGCACACAUAUUAUAGUUUGAGGCUAGGCAAAUGUGCGUUCUUUUCUUAAUACUCUCAAAGAGGUGUAGGGUCUCCAAAAGAUUAUUACCAUUGCAGUUAAAUGAUAUAGCAAUGAUAAAAGAUUCAUAACUUCCCAUUUAACAGAGGGAAGGGGAAGGAGGAAGGGGGCACUACAUUAGUAUGCUGGCUAAUGAGAAUUUGUAUGGUUCCUGUAGCCAGAGUUGAAAUACGUAUAAUUUUUUUUUUUUUUUGCUCCCAUCCUCAAUGACUUCCUGUUCAGACCCAUGGUUUAUUUUAGAGAGCAUGUAUUCUCAUUGAAGGUGAUUGUUCAAGGGUGCAAAAAUUGUGGGUUUUUUUGUGUGUGGGGGGGGAGGAAUCUUAGAUAUUACAGUGGGUUGUGGCCCUUCAAAGGGCCAUAGUAGGUAUAAAAUUUCUAUGUGGUAUUAAAAUUUCAGGAGGAUGAUUAAGAAUAAAAUAUCUUAAAGGGCUCCUUAGGAGGAUGAUAAUGGAAAAAGGGAAAAAAAAGGUUGAGAAAUACUCAUCUAGAGUCAGAUUCUGCUUCUUAGGUGUUAAUUCUCUCUUCCUGGGGUGUUUUUUCAUUUCUGAGGACUAGGAUGAGUGGAAGCAACUUCAAGAGAUUUCUUAAUCCAUUCCUUCUACCCUCCCAAACCAUAUCAGUAACAUUCCCCGUGAAAACCCCAUUCUCCUCUCGAAGACCUCAGGCGUAGACAUUCCACAGCAUCCUUUGGUAUACCCCACUGAACACUUCACAACAUCUGAAAUCCUCCCAUUUAACCUGAGCCAAAUCUUUGGGUUUCAGCAUACCUUUACUAGUGUCUCACAUUAAGAGAGAUCCAGGGAUUAUCUAGGAUAAGAAGCAGCAUAAUAAAUGAGAGCCUUAUUUGCAUAUCCGUUAAGUAUUUGAAGACUGUUAGCAAAUGGCCUUCAGCCUCCUUUCCCUUCCGCUCUCCCAGGGGCAGAAUUCUCUUGGAAGACUUGUUGCCCUGUUGUUAACAUUUCUGCACCUCCAUUUGAACCCUUCCCCAGGCUUUCCAUGUCACUGUGCAUUACGGAUAUAACCAACAAUGAAUGUGUAAGAAAUUACCGCAUGCUUUCUCCAAACUUUAUUGUGGCUUUGCUAAGUCCUGACUUGCUUUAUAAAUUUUCUUUUCUAUUUGUCCACACUAAAUCCAUAUCUAUAUUAUAUUCAACCAUUUUGGUUUAUCUUCCUGAGUUGCCUUCAUUUCUACCUUUAAUAGGCCUCAUCAGAUCAUGCUGUUUUGUUUUAAUCCCUUCUUUAAUUGGCAUAGCUUUAAGAGACUUGGAGGGAGCGCCUCUCAUCUUUUUGUGGUGAUGUAGGCCAAGUCGUCACCUGGUCAUUGAUAGAAGCACAUCAUUCCCUCUGGUCUCUGACCUUCUAUCACUUCCACACCCCAUGGGUAUCACACUGUGAGUCAAAGAAAUAUCAUGGGACAAGUAGAGCCAUGUCUUCAAGAAAUGUGUACAGAGGCAAAAUCACAAGAAGGAGUCAGAUGUGUCAUUUGGAUAAUACUGUUGUCAUUUGUGUUUGGAUCAUUUUGGUCCUUGAUAAAAUAGGUGAUUCUCUCCUAGAAUUAGCCAAACAAAGUGUUUUGGAAAUAGAAGGAUUUUUUUUCCCCUGCUUUAAAAAGUAUGUUAACAGCCAAAAACUUUUAACAGGUUGUUUCCCUCUGGGAAGUUAUUAAUUCUGGGUAGGAAUUUUUUUGAUGAAUAAAUAAGGAUUUUUGUAACUUUUAGAGGGGAGAGUCUAUUUCUAAUCUGACAUUUAAGCUGUGUUACUAGUUUUUAGUGUUCUAAUUUUAAGAUUUUCCUGUAUCUUUUCUAAUUGCAUCAGAAAAAAGAUGUUUACUAUAUUUUAGUUCCAUUUGUGAUUAAAGAUUUGACUAUAAGAACAAACUAAUACAAUUACAUCAAUUAGAAAAGCAAGAGGAAAUGAAAGGAUAUUUAUGAAAUCAGUUCAUGUGAGCUUAGGAAUUCAAAUGUCACAAAUAAAAGACACAUAACCAUCACCUGU